UAUCUCCUCAUAUAUCCAAUUAGGCAGCCAAAAAAGCUUCUUCUCAUCAGAAAAUGGAGGUUCCUUUCCCUGUAAACCAACUUUCUCCCUUGCAUUAUUUCCAUGCAUCUCCUUCCCUUUUCUCCAACCAGCUUGUUACUGAAAACUAUGUUAGUUGGACUGAAACCCCAGAGGCUCACGUUUAUUCUGCUGAUCUGCCCGGUGUGAGGAAGGAGGAGAUAAAAGUGGAAGUUGAAGACUCGAAAUAUCUUAUAAUUAGGACUGAGGGAAUCAAUGAUUCGACGAAGCCAGCCAUGAACUUCAUGAGGAAAUUCCGGCUGCCUGGUUCGGUAGAUAUCGAUGGAAUAUCAGCUAAAUAUGAAGAUGGGGUCUUGACAGUAACCGUGCCAAGGUCUUUCAGGAGGGGUGGUUUCUAUAUUGACCCUGCUGAUGUGCCUGAUAGGGUUGAGGUUCUUGCAAGGGCUGCCUGAAGUUGGAAAUGCAUAUUGGUUACCUGUUCAGUUAGCCACUGGUGUCCUAGUCAAUGAUUAGAUUUUAUUUUAUUGUAAGCCUCUCUUUGUGGGCUGUGAGAUUGGUCUGGGAAUUGAUCCUGGGGAACAUUGCUGUAACAAAAGUUGAUUCCAAGUAGGAAAGAUUGAAUUAAAUGUGGACUAUGGCCGUAAUUGAAAACAAUUAAGUUUUCCCUG